GCCGUAUAUCCUCACUUGCUUGAUGAAAAGACCCACAUCACGGUUGCUUUUUAUGAGCUCAGACAGCCACUAUGGCGGUGACGAGACUCUGCGGAACACGAUAAGGCCACACUCAUACGAAGAUAGCAAGCUGCAUGAUGUGAUGCUGGCCAAUGCCUUUGCGAGGCGCUGGGGUGAUGAUAUCCAAGUUGUAAGCAUGCACCCCGGCUGGGUGAGGACCAAGAUGGGAGGUUCGAUGGCUCCGGGAUCAAUGGACAAGCCAGCCAAGGCACUGGCUGAAUGGGCAGUUGGACAGGGGAAGUUGGCGAAGCUGGAAAGCGGAACAUUUUUCACAAUAAGCGGGGAAGCAUCGCCUCAUCCUGGGGCUGGAAAUGUGAGUAAACAAGAGGAGCUGCUGAAAAUUUGCGAAAAGGUUUCAGGCGUAUCUGUUCCGGAGGAAUGAAUAAUAUAAAUGUAACAAGUAAAUGAUUUACACGGAGUGUAUUAUUAGACGUUUUUUGAUUGCGAGACGGCAACUAUCUUCUAACUUAUAAGCCUAAGGUAUAUCCAGAUCGAUGUUAAAUAUCACUAUAU